UAUUACCCUCGCAAAAGCCCCUUCUCCUUGAUCCCUGUAUUCUCAGAUUAUAUAGAGCAUUGUACCUACUCCUAUAUACUAUAUCAUCAUGGCUUCCUCGUCUCAGACAUAUAACUCCGAACAACUGGAACUCUAUCUGGAACGAAUCGGAUAUGCCGACUCAAUCAACGCCACACCAGGCAACAACACUACAGGUAGGCUUCACCAUGUCCUACAAUCAAUCCAGCAGGAUCGCCUGGCGACCCUGAGAGAGUUGCAACGACGGCACUUGGCCUCCAUCCCAUGGGGAAAUUCGGCCUUGCAUUAUUCGCAACACCGAUCCAUUUCUAUCCACCCCGCGGCUAUAUUCGAUAAACUGGUCGUGCGCCGCCUGGACGGGUAUUGUAUGGAAAAUACCAACUUGCUCUAUAUGGUGCUACGGUGUCUGGGGUAUUAUGCUUAUCCAACUGGUGGACGGGUGAGCCAAGCCGUGGCCGGUGGGAAUCAGACUCCCGGUAGUGAGUUGUAUAUGAGUUUAGGACAUAUGGUUCUCAUUGUAACUAUCGACGGUCAAAGAUACAUGGUUGACGUCGGGUUCGGCAACUUUGGUCCUACAAGUCCACUGCCGCUCAAAGAAGAUGGCACCAUCGCUGUAUGCAUGGCGCCAGCUGAGAUGCGUCUAGUCAAAGAUACGCCUAUUGAAUUCACUGAUAGAAAUCAGAAACUCUGGAUUUACCAGAUCAGACACAAUCCGGAAAGCAACUGGGUACCGCAGUACUCGUUUUCCGAGGUAGAAUUUCUACCGCAGGAUUUUGUCACUAUGAAUUACUCUACUAGUCAUCGGCCGACUAGUUGGUUCGUGCAGGCGUUGGUGUGUACACGGGUCAUCCUGGAUGAGACUGGCAUUGAGCCGAUAGGCAUCUAUAUCCUGUCCGGGAAGGAGGUGAAGAAGAGACUGCGUGGGGAGACAGAGACGGUGGCGACUUUCGAAAAAGAAGAGGACAGGGUCAAUGCUCUGGCUAAGUGGUUUGAUAUGCACUUCCUCGAGCACGAAAUUGAGGGGGUUCGGGGCUUAGUAUCUCAGAUUAAAUAGAAGCUAGAUCGUCCAAAUUAGAACUUUAGAGUUCGCAACUACCCUGCAGCUUUUUUGCUAGCCUGGUAAUAUAAUACAAGAAGGCUUCUUCUAAUCAUUGCAUGGUAUUUAUUGAAAAAGUUGCAGGCGAACAAAGAGGCGAUAUAAAUGACAUAGGUUGUAACAGAUCGGAGUGGCUUAGUAGAUCCGUUUUUCCAG